AUGUCAUGUCUAGGAUCGACGGACUGGCAUCUCCCAAGUCCCUCCUCCACUCCCAAGUCGCUGACGUUCCCUGACGGAACUCUCAAAACACCAAAGACCGAGUCGUUUCCCCACUCGCACUUCCUCGACGCCUGGGCCACCCCACGACCUAAUGGGCAGCACACCCCGGUGCAGACUCCUUCCUUCACACUCUCGACGCCCAUAGGCCGGCCGUCGAGCUCGUACAGCCAACCCGUCCGCACCCCCGAAGACCCAGAGUUCCAUGUCAACCACUUCGCACCGCAAAACCUACCUCUUCCGCCGGUCGACGUGUCCCGAAGGCUGUCGUCCUCGCCGGGCCCUAAUCAGCUGAGGAAGGUUGGAUCACAGGGACAGUUCGGCUCUCGUCCUGUCAGCAUGGACUUUUCGCAGAUGCAAACGCCACCUCCGACGAGGGACGCUUCGUCUAGGAGGAGUGUGCAACAAAGUGGACAUGGGGUGGCAACACCAGCUACAGUGGUGCACAGGACGCCUAGCCAGCUGCCGGAAUCCUCAGGAGCUCUGUUUGACCAGACACCAUUCGGCUUCGCUGAUCUGCAGUACACUCCACAUAUGAUGCAGUUCCCCAGCGGUGGUCCAAUGUCUGCGCCACCCAUGCCUCAAUCGAAGCUGUUCUGGGACCCAGCGAACGAUGGCAUGCAAAUGGAUCUAGAUGUACCGCUGGGUGUAGAUCCCUUCGGUCCAACCCCGCAUAGGCCCCAGCACGACAUGAACUGGCAAGCAAUGAAUCAUCCUUCGGCUAACAUGAUGCAAACCCCAGCGUUCCAGGGCUUCCAAGCUUCUCCCAUGCCAGCGUCGUUUGCGAAUACACCCUCCCAGCAGAGACAUGGCUCAAGAAAUGGCUCUUUUGUAUAUACAGCUGCAGGUGUCGAUCCCAACAUGCUGCUCAGCUUCUCCAAUCCCGAUAUGACCGGUUCCUUUGGAAGCAUGCCGCAGCAGCAGCCAAUGCUCGACUUGUCAAGACAACCGUACGAGACACAACUGCGGGAUGCAGAGAAUGAGAGGGCAAUGGCGAAGAAGGCUAAGAGUCAGCAUUCACGCAGCAACACAGCUUCGUCGUCGGGUUCAGCGGAAAACGCGAGACCUGUGCUGCAACGAAGCAAUACCGAUAGUGGGCCGAGAAUAACCAGAGCAAUGGACCCUCGGAUGACAAUCCCAGCUAACGCCUCAACGAUUCCCCGUCGCUCAUCGCCACUAAAGCGUCAAAGUGGCGGAUCACUGAAAGCGAUACCUGAGAUUAGAAGACCCCGGACAAGGCUGAUCAUCGACGAGAGUGGUACGGCUCGCACAGAGACGAUACCUACUGGAGAUGAUGAGACCCCCAGGAAUAGACGACAGACUUCGCAGCAAGAUCUUCGACGCCAAUACCCCGGACUGUACGAAGAGCAAGACAGCGAGUCGGACGAUGACGAGCCAGCUCCAAUCGUCAGCCGCAACCCAUCCUUCGUCAUACCCCAACCCGAACGUCGAGCGACGAAACACGCUCGAGCAGACAGCGGCGGGCUCGAACGAGCCAACUCCUUCAAGAUGGCGCGCUCCGUCUCCGCCUCGCGACUCGCAUCCGACGCCCUCUCCAAGACCUCUUUCGAAACGCUACGAUCCACCCGCCGCUCCACCGCUGCCGCCACCGAAAACACCAUCCGUCGCUCCAGCGCCAUGGAGCGCCCCAGCCUCCGCGAACGAGACCCCGAAGACACACACAUGCCCGAUUCCCCCGGCGACGCACUCGGCGCCUUGAAGAAAGUCGUCGGCGCCCGUCAACAACGCAUCGGUACGCUAGCAUAA